AACUGGAACUCUCAACUCACUGUAAAAUAUACAAUAGUUUUGCAGUACAAAUACUUGGGAGGGGGGAGGGAAAAAGGGAAAGGUAAAAAGCAGCAGGGAGGGCUCUGAAACCAAUAGGCUAUGACAGUAGAGGGGUGGAUCUUGGCCCCACCUCUCCUUGGUGCCCUCCCAAUGCCGGUCCAAGCUUACUCUGCUGAAAAAGCUUUGUCUUUCAGAGGGAAGGGAUAGGAAACCAGCGUACUUGAACUUCUUAGCCUGUUGGUUUCCAGCUUUAGCAAGUAAUCAGGGAAAGUGAAGCAUGAUAAACAGUUAAGACUACUCAUCUUGCCUGAGCUUGGACCCAAGCUUCAUUUUGACCAGUGGGCAACAAACAGAUCUUCACUGCUGGAUAUAACAUGGCUACCGAUCUAUUGCCAUUCAGCUACAAAAGCAAACUCAGAACUCUGACUUCCUGCUCUGAAUCCCCCUAAGGAGUAUGCUGUGGGCUGAGGCAACUCUGGGAUGAUGAGGUGCAUGGGUGGCCUGGCUAAGAGGGCCUGGCUCAGCAUGGUGUUCCAGAAUCGCAAAGUCCAGCUUUUGCUGAUCAACUCCUUAACUUUUGGCUUGGAGGUCUGUCUUGCUGCAGGUGUCACAUAUGUGCCACCCCUCUUGUUGGAAAUAGGAGUGGAAGAAAAGUUUAUGACAAUGGUUCUGGGAAUUGGACCAGUUCUGGGUCUGAUAUUUGUACCACUACUUGGUUCUGCCAGUGACCAUUGGCAUAGUAGCUACGGUCGACGAAGGCCUUUCAUCUGGGUGCUCUGUCUAGGGGUUUUCCUGAGCCUUCUCAUCAUUCCACAUGCUCACCGUCUGGCCAGACUUGUUGCCUUGGAUGCCCGUGCAUUGGAGCUGGCUUUCCUUAUCCUGGGGGUUGGCCUCCUUGACUUCUGUGGCCAGGUCUGCUUUACCCCCUUGGAAGCUCUUCUGUCUGACUUGUCUCAAGAACCUGACAGCUGCCGACAGGCCUUCUCUGUUUACUCUUUCAUGGUUAGCCUGGGAGGCUGUGUUGGAUACUUGCUCCCAGCUAUUGACUGGGACAGUAGCUUCCUUGCUCCUUACUUAGGGGGUCAGGAGGAAUGCCUCUUCAGCCUCCUCACCAUCAUCUUCCUUGGCUGUGUCUUAGCAACUGUCUUCGUGAUAGAGGAGGUGUCAGCUCAAGUAGAGUUCAGCUCAGGCCCUACAGGAAAGUCUUCUUCCAAGUCUCCAUCAUUUGCCUGCUGUUCUUUUUGGCUUCCAAAUAACUUUUUGAGGACCAGGCAUCUGGUUCAGGCUUUUAGGAAUCUUUGUGCCUUGGUCCCACGCCUACAUGGAGUGUGCUGUCGUAUUCCCAAGGUAAUCCGAAAACUUUUUAUAGCGGAAUUCUGCAGCUGGAUGGCCCUCAUGACCUUCAUGUUGUUCUACACAGACUUUGUUGGGGAAGGAUUAUAUCAAGGCAUUCCCAGGGCUGAACCUGGGACGGAGGCCAGGAGAAACUAUGAUGAAGGAAUUCGGAUGGGUAGCCUGGGCCUCUUUCUCCAGUGUAUCAUCUCUAUUUUCUUCUCUACAAUCAUGGAUCGGAUGGUGAAACACUUUGGGACACGAAUGGUCUACUUAGCCAGCGUGGCUUUAUUUCCAUUGACAGCCUUCAUCAUGUGCUUCUCUCAAAGUGUGGUCAUUGUCACUGUUUCUGCUGCCUUGACUGGCUUCCCUUUCUCAGUGCUUCAGAUUCUUCCAUACACACUUGCAUCACUUUAUCAUCAUGAAAAACAGAUAUAUUUGCCUAAGUACAAAAGUAAAGAGAAUGCAGCUCAAUCAGAAAAGAAGCUGAGUUUCCUCAAAAACCACAUUUCUACUCAGAAACUGACCUACCAGAAUGGACAUGGUGGUAGCCUGUACUCUCCCCCUGUUACUGGCUCUUCUCUCUGUGUCAGCUCGCCAUGUGAGGUCUCGCUCAUGAUGAUGGUGGGAGAUUCAGAUACUGCAGCUGCAAGCCGAGGCAUCUGUUCAGACCUGGCCAUCUUGGACAGUGCUUUUCUUCUUUCCCAGGUUAUCCCAUCCCUUCUUAUGGGUUCACUGGUUCAGUUCACACAGUCAGUCACCACUUAUAUGGCGUCUGCUACUGGCUUUGGGUUGGUAGCCAUUUACUUUGCAACCAAAGUUAUUUUUGACAAAAGUGAUAUGGCCAAGUAUUCACUGUAGAAGGAGAAAAAUAGAGGGAAAAAUUAAUGUGUAUUAAAGACAUAAUAGAGAAAAGUGAGGAGUGCAAAUAUAGCCCCUUUCUACUUCUCUAGUUGUUUAAUGAGAUGUUUAUUUGACUGAAGGAAAAUAACUGGGUUGAUCUCAGGGUUUCUUAACAAAAAGUGUAGUAUUGCGCUGCCUCUUUUUACCCAAUGCCUUCGGUAAAAAUCUGUGCCCCAUCCUUUGGAUCAGGCUUACAAGAGCCUUCUAAUAGGAUGCUACUAUGAUCACUUCCUUAAGUUGUGCAGGUGGAAGAUGACAUAGUGCAGAAGGGACCAAAGAUAGCUCAGAGAUGCAAUGAACUUCACUUCUUAGUUACUUUCUGUAUUGAAAUGUUGUUGGUCAGCUUUUGUAUUGAGUUACAAGUCCUCACAACUUGCUAUGAACCAGAAAUUAAAUGGAAGAAUAUGAUAUGAUAUAUUAAUGUUUUUGAAAAUAUGUCAGAAUACUACACUCCCUUCAUUUUUCUGGAUAUGCUGCAGGUCAAAGUCUAGGUGAUAUAAAUAAUCUGAGCAGAGCUACAUAGAAGGGAGCUUGUUUAAGAGAAGAUGCUGUGGUUACACUGGCAGCAACUCUGCCACUGCAUGAAGGAAAAGAAACCUUAGUUGUCAGCUGAUCCUUUUCACCACAUCUGCCCAAAACAGAGCUUGCAGUUAGUGUAAAUAGAAAAGCUUGCAUAAACGGAGGCUGAAGAACAUGCCUCUCUGGGGACUUGUCUUUAAGUGAUUAACCUGGCCCAAACAAACUACAGUGCCUUCUACUGUGUGCAAUCCUGAAAAGAAGGCUUAGAGUAAAAAGAUUUGGGUGUAGGCUGCUAUUUCGGCUAAGGAGAUGUGUGGUCAUUUAAAUUUCUGUGGAAGGACUGCAUAGAAAAAGAACUGUUCUUAUGUAUCACAAGGCAGGCACCAACUGAGUUUUCCACUGUGUAAUGACCCAUUCUUUCUGCCACCCAGGUAGAGCAUAGGAAUUUCUUGGGCUAGAAAAGUAUUGUAAGCCAAACUGCCCUUUUUUAAAUACACAUAACACACACUCACACACCACACCCCAACUGUUUUUAAUAAGCCAUUUAGCUGGCAUUGAUUCAGUCAGCAGCAAGCAGGGCAGUUUUUCCUGGCCAGGAUUUACACAUAUUGAGUACAAGAGCUCAAGAUGUAUAGAACAAUGUGGCCAAAAGGUCAAGAUCAACUCUCUUUCUCCAAGGUAGGAUCCUCUUUCCAAGGGUUGCACCAAUUAACAUUGAAAAGACUGUAUUUGUAAUUAGAACAAUUGGUAGAUUAGAUCUGACAGUAAUAUUAAGUAAACAGGGAUUGCUGGAAGCUUCAGGAUUAUAGAAUUUGGGAUGGGAAAGAGGACUGUCUUCUGUAUUCUCAAAAAAAAAAAAAAAGUGUCACCAAAGCUGCAGUUUGUAUUUCAAGAGAAACUUCCAUUGAUAAACUUUUCUUGGAAUGUAGAUAACCACUAAGAUGAGAUGACCUUUUGGAGUUGAGAGAGUAUAAGAAAGAUGGAUGUUUCAUAUUGUAUCUGUUUGAUAUCAAUCUCAGUUGGUCAUUUCUAACCUGACCUGUUUUGCAUUUUGAACUAUGAGAUAAUUGUUGAGACAAUCAUGUGGUCCUUGAAGCCUAUGCCUGUGGGUUAGCUUUAGUGUGCUGCAGUCUUGCAAAUUAAUCACAAUGUAUACCAGAUUGCAGUAUGUCACAAGAACCCAUUAAGAAAUUGCUAGAUGAAUUUGAGCCGAAGACCCCUGUAGGAAAAAUAUUUUUAUUCAAAUGGAUGAAUCAUGCAAUUGUUAAAUGCCUUAGGCAAUUUUAACUAGUGCAGAUUCUUAGCUUAAAGAAACCAGUCUGUUAAAUCCUGUGAAAGACGACAUUUAUCCACAAAAUCUCCUACUACAGACUCAUGCAAUUUAAUCUUCUAAGUGGAAGGAAUAAAGUGUUAAAACAAAAAUAAGGGCAAAAUGCUGGAGGAGGAAAUAAAGGAUCAUAGAGCUGCCUGUCAGAACUGGAACAGGGGAAGAUGUAAAUUGAAGAGGAAAAAGCAAAAAACAAAACUGAAUACAUUGCUAUUACUUUGGCUUUACCCAAUCUGAUAUUCUUCACAUGUGUUUGAUUAUAACUCAGCAAGAUUACAGGUGAUUGAGGCUACAGUCCUAACAUGUGUUUUCUUCCGAUGCCAUAAGUACAGGGCUGUUGAGAAACCACAUUUGAUAUUAGAUCCUAACAUGGUUUCAUGCUUUAAAUAGUGGCACAUGUUGUAUUAGUCAUCAAUGUCACCCAUGUGAUCAAACAAGAAACAUGUGUAUAUUAUACGAUGGUCCUUUCAUAAUGUUAACUCAUAAAUUAGCAAAUAGAUGUGUGCUUCAGCACAGUUUAUGAUUCCAUGAAGCAAUGGGAUUAUUUUCCAGCAAGAACAUGCAAACUACAACCUUCCAAAAAGAGGUACUUCAGUCUGUCUUGACCUGACAUCUUUCAGAAGUUUUGCAAUGGCAAAAAUUCUAACCAAUUUCAUCCUAUCUUGUCUAAAUAAUGUGAAAAACUCAUUCGUAGAUAGAAAGUGUCACUAUCCUGAUUCUGAUCUGAGUAGACACAAAUAGACUUUUUUUUCAGAGUAAUGAAUCUAGUGAUUGGUAUUAAAGAUUAUGCCCAUUUUCAUUGAAACUUUUAUUCUUGUAAAGUAUUCCAGGUGCCCACAUUCCUGUCUUGGUAGGAAUGAUCUUGGUUUAUUAGUUACCUUGCACAGGGUUCUUUAAUUCUUUGUAACCUAAGAGCAUCAUUGGACCAAUUAAGAGAAGCUAUAAAAGAGAGUAAUAAAUUCCCAUUAGAGAAAGUAAUAACAUAGGUCUUUUUCCCUAUGAAAUUUUAGUUAAAGGACCCAGGAGAGCUUGCAAAGUUUCAGUAGCAUUUUGCUUGUUCACAAGGUUCAGGGUCAUUUGAUAACUACAAUUUCAUUUUAUUGCUGCAAAUCAGAUCUGGAAUAAAAAAACAAAAAGAGUCAUCUUAGAAACACAAUGAAUCUGACAAAUCAUCUGAAUUAAGGAGAAAAAAAGAAAGAGAAAAGGACUUAUGUGGAAAUAGCCCAGGUUCUGUUUUUUUCCAAGGAAAAUAGUUCCAGAAAAUUUUAGUCAUCUUCAAAUCAGUUACACCAGUCUUUAUAUUAUGAGAGCCCACAUUGUAGCCUUGGAUCCUCUGUGCACAGGUUCCUAGGAUCCUUCUUGGAUCCUAGGUCUAGAAAGCCAGUAAUCUGGCCAAUCUCCAGUGGUUUAUUUCUUCUUCUUCCCCAUACCAUGUAGCAAAAGAUCAGCAAAACUUUUAUCUUUUAUCAGCAAAACUUCUGCUUCAAAAUAUGGUACUCACUAAAUCCUGCAGUAGUAAGCAAUUUCAUGUACUAAAUACAUAUAAUCAGUUUUAGAGUCAAUCAUGCUAUUAUCGGGGAUGAUGGUGUCUUUUAAUAUGGGUCUCUGAAAGUGAUAUGUCAAUUGAGUUUUUACCUCUGCUAUAGGCUCCUUGCAGUCUUUUCCACUCAGGCUAGAUUCUCAUGCUUGGCUUAGCUUGAUAAAUCAAUAUUGGGAGGGAAAGAGAAUAUAGAAGUACUACAUGAACUAGUUGAGUGGCUGAAAAGAUAUUGGCAGAGAUGCCUACACAAAAGAGCUUGACAAACCAUCCAAUUCAUCUUCAUACCAAUCCUUAAAAAUAUAAAUUAGGUUCAUUAAUUCCAUUUAGUCAUUGGUGGUUUGACCGUAAUGUAUUGGAUAAGCCCCAAGCAGCUGGGUUCAUAGAAACAAUAGCUAUAAACUAUGAGCUAACUAUUUCCAUUACUAAGCUAAUAAAAUCUACCAAAACAAAAUCUAAGUAACCACAUUAUAGUUUAAACUUCAGCAUCAGUCCAUUUUUGUUUUUGCAUUUUGAAUAAUUUAUCCAGGGAUAUAAACUAGUGGAAUGGGCUGGACAAACAGUUGUGGGAUUUGUAACAAAUUGUGACCAUCUUGCCUUUCUUAUGAUUAAAUUUGUUUCAUUGCAUUAUGUGGCACAAUGCUGUCCAGUUGGAAUUAUGAAACGUAAAUCUGGUACGAUUGUUCUUGCUAACAUGUGGAGGGUUAACAUGGAAUGAAAAGAUAAAUUCAUGAGCCAUAUCCAAAAUUCAUAUAUAUCAGUAAUCAACCUGGUUUAAAUUAAUAUGAUUAUUAGAAAUGUUCUUUUUAUACUUGAGACGUGCUAACAGAGAAUCCACUGGAUAAUGGAUUCACACACUUCCAUUAUUGUUGUGUGCCCAUUAUUGGUAGGUCCCUAAUACAUAUUGUUCACACAUUUUCUUUGGUUGUGUUGAAACUCUGUUAGAGUGGUGACUGUGGAGCAGCAAGAUGGACAAAUAAUGACACAGACAUGAUGAUGUAAUCACACAAAACCUGCAACUUAUGCAUUUGUGUCAUUGUAUGUAUCCAUAAUGUUUGCAUGAUUUCAUCUUCACAUACGAAUUGUCACUUUGGCAGCACAUCAGCUUUGGGUGUUAAUUAUUUCUCCUUUGUUAAUGGUAUUCAUCUUUAUCUUUCCUACACAGCUUUAUUUAAAGGGAAUUUUCUGAAUCAAGUUUUGGCCAGUGAUUAAAUGGUAUCUUAUGCUAUUUCUUCCCCACAUUAAAAAAACCUGUAUGGAAUUUGUAUGUUUAUUUAUUUAUGGAAAUAAAUAUUUUGUACAGUUUGUGCAGGAGAUAUUAAAGUCUAUUAAGGAACGGAAA